AUGGGAGUCUUUGAAGAGAUCUUCCGUCCUGGCAAUGAAGCGCGUGAGCGCACUGCACGCAACCUCAUCACUGAUAUUAUUUCCGACCUGAAAUAUAUCACCAACGCCUCGAACAAGACCAUCACCACCUUCAAUGGCCUCCUAGGCGAGAAGGUCGAGACCGUCAGCAUUGACGAGAAGAGUCCGGAGAAGCUUCUUGUUGAUGUUCGUGAGAGGCUACUCGAGAUCGAGCGCCUCGCGAAGCUGCACUACGAGAAGUUGGAUGCGUCAGUCAAGAAAGAGCCGCUGGACACAGUCAUAGAGAAGUGGAAGGGUCGCUCGUUUGAAGACAUCGACAAGAUUGUCGCGGAGUUUAAGGUCUGGGGCAUGUCCGCCAAUGCCGCCGGUAUCGCCGCUGCAUCAGUCGUUGCCGGCACGAUGAUCCCCAUUCUCGUCAAGUCCCUUAAUGCCUUCUGGGGGACCGUCUUGGGAGGCUUCCUGGGCGCUGCUGCCGGUCUCAUCGUCACAGCUAUCAUAGACGCUAUUGCUGCUGAGCAGAAGUAUCGCAAGCUCGAAGAGGCGAUUCAGGAUCUCACUGAUACUAAGAAUACAGUCCGCCAGUACAGGGAACAGAUUGUCACUGCAGCGGACGAUGUGAUUCUAGCAAUCAAGGUGGCGCAGAAGGAAGCUGCAAAGGGCAAACAGGAGCUGAACUAA